AACAUCACUUACUCAGAAACAAACCGACUACAACGAUGAUGUCUCACAAGCUUUUGCUCUUUACCGUUAUGUGCAUUUCAUUCCGGGUCGCAUUCUCCAAACAUCCCACGGCGACGAGGCAUUACAAGUUCAACAUCAAAAUGCAGAAUGUCACGAGGCUGUGCCAAUCAAAGAGCAUAGUGACAGUUAACGGCCAAUUCCCGGGGCCUGCGAUCACUGCCCGGGAAGGCGACAGGGUUGUAGUAAAAGUCGUUAACCACGUUCAGUACAACCUAACAAUUCACUGGCAUGGUAUCCGGCAGCUGAGAAGCGGCUGGGCUGACGGGCCGGCGUACAUUACCCAAUGUCCAAUUCAGACAGGGCAGAGCUAUGUCUACAACUUCACCAUUAAAGGCCAAAGAGGAACACUCUUCUGGCACGCCCACAUCUCCUGGCUCCGCGUCACUCUCUAUGGCCCGAUUAUAAUCCUUCCCAAACGAGGAGUCCCUUAUCCAUUCCCGAAGCCACACAAAGAAGUCCCCUUACUUUUUGGUGAAUGGUGGAAGGCAGACACAGAAAAAAUCAUAAAUCAGGCAAUGCAGACAGGGUCAGCUCCAAACAUUUCUGAUGCCUACACCAUCAAUGGCUUCCCGGGGCCUUCCUACAACACAUGUUCAGCCAAAGAUACAUUCAAAUUGAAGGUGGAGCCAGGGAAGACUUACCUGCUGAGGCUGAUCAACGCCGCGCUCAACGACGAACUUUUCUUCAGCGUCGCGGACCAUAAUCUGACGGUCGUCGAAGCUGACGCUGUCUACGUGAAGCCAUUCAAAACCAAGAUAGUUCUCAUCACACCCGGACAGACAACGAAUGUCCUCCUCAAGACAAAAAACCAUCACCCAAACACAACAUUCCUAAUGGCAGCCAAGGCUUACGCCACCGGCCCUGCUGCCUUCGACAACACUACUGCCUCGGCAAUUUUGCAGUACCAUCACCGUCAUCACAACUCCACCAUGAAAUUAAACAAACUUCCCCUUCUGCAACCGUCGCUUCCCAUUUUCAACGACACCACAUUCGCGUUUAAGUUCAACGACAAGAUCCGCAGCCUGGGUAGCUCGAAAUUCCCAUCGGCGAGGGUCCCACAAAAGGUCGACAGACGAUUUUUCUUCACAGUCGGGCUCGGCCUGAUUCCUUGCCCGAAUGGCGGGAACCAAACCUGCCAGGGUCCCAACAAUACAAUGGUUGCAGCUUCCGUCAACAACGUGUCGUUCGUGAUGCCAAACACAGCCCUUCUCCAGGCUCACUUCUUCAACCAGUCGAAAGGAGUCUACACGACAGAUUUUCCGGCAAACCCACCUUUUAAAUACAACUACACCGGGAAUCCCCCGAGCAACAUUAUGAUGAAAACCGGGACCAAAGUGGUGGCGCUGCCAUUCAAUACAACAGUAGAACUUGUUCUUCAGGACACCAGUAUAAUCGGAGCAGAGAGCCACCCAUUGCAUCUCCAUGGCUUCAACUUCUUUGUCCUGGCACAGGGAAAUGGGAAUUUUGAUCCCAGCAAGGAUCCCGCCAGGUUCAAUUUGGCCGAUCCGGCGGAGAGGAACACCGUCGGGGUCCCAUCCGGUGGCUGGGUCGCAAUCCGUUUCCUAGCAGAUAAUCCAGGAGUGUGGUUCAUGCACUGUCAUUUGGAAGUCCAUACAAGCUGGGGGUUGAAAAUGGCUUGGGUUGUGAUGGACGGAAACCGCCGCAAUCAGAAGCUCCCGCCGCCGCCGGCCGAUCUGCCCAAAUGUUAAAAUUCCUUCUCAUUUGCGUUUUUAGCAUGCAGUAUGUAACACACUAUAAAUUGAGCAAAUGAUACUUCAAUUUGA